AUGGAUGUUGAUGGUGUUGUUGCCCAACAUCAACAGCUGCUGUCAGAGUUCGUCGGGACAAGCACGCGGGAUGUGACAGACGCAUUUUGGAAUCAUCUUUUAUCUUUCCCGGUGCCGCUGAUGAGAUUACCUCCAUCAGAGCUGGAAGCUGCCACUACGUCGUACUGCGAGCAGCUUGUGCAAAACAACGGCACCACACAUCAUUUUCAGAAGCUGGUGCACCAUGUCAUGGAGCUACUGGCGCGGGCAGAGAAGAACCGCGAGAGGGCACAGCAAGCUGCCAAUGCUGUAUGCUUUCUGCGCAUCCUCGUCAAACACCUCACGGAGAACCUGAGCGCUGCGCACCUCAUAUCUUUUGUGAAUGAGGCACCAGCCUCCCAUCUGUCCAAUGGCACCCCAGGAGGGCAUGUUUCUCUGCUUGUCCAGCUCGUUCGGUCGCUUGUAGCAGUGCUGGUUUCAGCGCAGCUCAUACAGUCUGCAGUCCCCUCCCCCGGUCCCCCUGCGGCCACAUAUCUGCUGGACUGGGAAGUCAUCAACCUCCUACUAGUCAUGACUUCCACGCAGCUGUACACGCCAACCGCCACUGCGCAGACGAAUGCACACCCCUUCACAUCAGCCCUGCUGGAUCAGGAGGACCUCGUCCCUGCUCUCCUGCAGGCGCUCCUGCAGCACUUCAUACAGCGGUGGCCCCUGCCGAAGGGGGCGCAGGUCUACCAGCCUCCCGCGGACAGGCAGCGCAGCGUCUUCAGGCUCGUGCGCAGCGCAGCGGCGACGGUGCUGUGGCUGCCGCUGCGCGCGUACACGUUCCUGGAUGCAGAUGAGCAGGGCAGCGAUUCAGCGGCGGAGGCCGGAUUCAGCGGCGGCAGCGGUGUGGCGGCGGUGUCGUUCUCGGGCCUCUAUGAGGCGCUGGGGGCCUCGCUGAACAAUGAGAGGACGGCGCUGCUGCUCUAUGACUCGCUCCAUGCCUGCCUCAACUUCCAGAACUACGUCCUUGUGCGAAGUGACCUGGAGGUCCUCCUGCUGCCACUCCUACAUAUGCUGUACACUGCGUCGGGCCGCGCACCCUCCCACCUUUACAUGCUGCUCAUCAUAUUACUCAUCCUCACCCAGGACGCCUCCUUUGCUGCCAACGUGCACAAGGUCCAGCUGACUUCCGUGCCCUGGUACAAGGAGCGCCUCCUCAACCGCACCUCCCUGGGCAGCCUGCUGGUGGUGCUGCUGCUGCGCACGGCGCACUUCAACCUGGCCAAGCUGCGCGACGUGUACCUGCACACCAACACGCUGGCAGCGCUCGCCAACCUGGCGCCCCACGCCGACAACCUCUCCUCCCACGCCGCCCAGCGCCUCGUCUCCCUCUUCGACAUGCUCGCCCGCCGGUACCAGCGGCUGCAAAGGGUGGCUGCAGAGGGGCCAGGCAAGGGACGCGGGGACGAGCUGCAGGUGUACGGCGAUUUCCUGCGCAUUGUGCUGGAGGUGCUGAACUGCAUAAUCAUCACAAAUCUGCCGCAGAACCCGGAGCUCGUCUACGCGCUGCUGCACCGCCAGGAGGUCUUCAUGCCCUUCAAGGAGGACACGGUGUUUGCAGAGCUCGUGGAGAACGUGGUUGUGGCUAUCAAGUACUUCAACGACAAAGUGGAGUCGGCACGCCAGGCUGGCGGCUGGGACUGGAGCGUUGAGAAGGUUCUGGAGGUCGUCAAAGGCAGCAUGCGGGGCUGGCGCGCGGACAAGCUGCGCCGCUUCCCAGAGCUGCAUUUCACGUAUGAGGAGGAGGCCUCGCCGGAGGACUUCUUCGUGCCCUACGUCUGGACCCAGGUGUGCAACACAAGCGGCAUUCCCUGGAACACGCAGGCGAUUGCGCUGUUCUCUCCCCUCAGCGCCACAGUCUCCGCGGCGAGCCUGGAGGCGCAGGACUCCACCGGCCUCACCUCGCGCCUGUCUGCCAGCAGUGAGGUGCUCGUUGCCAACGGCGUGUGACAUCCGUCAAGGAAUUCAGGGGGUACUAAAGACUACCAGGUACUCCUCAGUAGUCUUCAGUACCCCCUGAGGGGUCGUGACCAAGGGGCUGUGAAGCAAGUUGAAGAGAGUCUCUUGAGGAGCCAUCUUACUGGGAAUGCUGUGGCUUUCAGCCGCAGUCAGGGGAUCAGCUGUUCGGGUUGAGAUCGAACAUGAUGAAAGUUUAGGCAUUUCAGGAGCGGGUUUCUGGCAGGGCACUCAGAGUGAUCACGGGAUUGAGGAUCAAAUGCAGCUUAAUGUUGUGGAUGAGCUACAGAGAAAGGUGUGACACAAACAUGCAUGCAAUGGCUGGUGGCUAGCGAUGCAGGCGGCAAUGAAUGUGAUCUUGAUAAGAGUAAGCCCGUUGUAAGGGUUGAUGAUUUGCGUGUACUGUAUAUGAUCCGACUGUGAAAAAGAGAACUGGAGUGUUUUCCCUUUUGUAACCAUUGUGAUUUUAUU